AUGCGAAGAUUGCCUCGCAUGGUUGUGAAUAAUGAUAUUACAAUUGGAAAUCAAGUCAAACGGUCACUGCCAUGCCUCAGCUACAGCACCAUUGCGCCGACAUCCACAUCCACGGAUCAUCCUACUACUGCUGCGAUUAGAAACAAACAUUUAGAGUGGCAAAGUUACCAGAAACUAGAGCCUGAAAAGCUAAAAAAGCUAAAGCGAGACGAUUUCCUCAAGAUUCGAGCUGAUUUAUGGGGACGCAACGACUGGGGCAACGAAGAUCGAAUUCUGCGAGUUCUGGACGACAUGAAGCAAGUCGGCAUCAAGUGGACAGUCUAUGAAUACAACGAGUAUUUCACAGCCAAACUAUUCAAGACACAGUAUGCGGAUGUGCUGGACAUGUAUUUGGGAGAAUUCCAGAACUCCAAGGUGAAAUUGAGCACUGGUUCGUUCAAUGUCAUUUUGGCUACCUAUAUUCAGCUCGACAUGAUCCCAGAGGCCAUUCAGUUGAUCCAAGAAGCCAGCACCCAGUACGAUGUUGUGCCUGAUAUCCGAGAUUUCGAUCGCACUAUGAGCCGAUGCAUGCCGAAAAACACACGAGUGAGAGAGCGAGCCAAGGAGCUGAUUUCUCAGCAUGGAUUCAAGAGCACCAAAACACUCAACACCAAUCUAAUGCAUCUGAUUGACAAGAGGCGGUUUGAGGACGUCAAGUGGAUCUAUCAGCAGCAAAAAGACAAGAAGCUCGACAUUUCAACCUACAACAUUCUCAUCAAGGGAUUCACAGACGCAAGGCUCAUGCGUGAUGCCACUCACAUGUACAAGGAAAUGCAGCGUCAUGGCGUAAAGCCCAAUGCUUAUAUUUGCACUAGUAUGCUCUCUAUCUAUGCUCACUCACGAGACGUUGCUUCUGCAGAGCAAGUAGUGCGAGAGACCAUCCUGGGUGGACACAAACCAGACGAGUUCCUGUACAACAAUCUGAUCAAAGUGUAUUUCAAAUGUCGACUGACGCACAAGGCGUUUUUAGCCUACCAAGAGAUUGAAAAGGAUCCUCGGCUCAAGGUGAACGAUGUGAUAUUAAACACCAUGAUCAACGGGCUCGUCAUCAACCGAGAAUUCAACAUUGCAAAGAUGCUGUACAAGCAAAUGAUAGAGUCAUCGUACAAGCCAGACAUGAUUACAUUCAACACCAUGCUGAAGGGAUACACAAAGACAGGUGAUAUGCUAUCGGCAGCUGGCAUCAUAGCCGACAUGUUCAAGCUGGGCAUGGAGCCUGACACUGUUACGCUCUCCACACUGAUUGACUCCAUCUUUAAGACCAAGGCGCCCGCUUCAGCCGAGGACAUGAUUGAGACAAUCCGACAGAUGGGCAUGACGCCCAACAUCUAUACAUACAAUGCCAUUAUCAAUGGCUGGAUCGAAAGUGAUAAACUGGAUCAAGCGGAAAAGACACUGGAGAUCAUGAGAGGAACAUCACAGCUAAAGCCCACGAUUCACACCUACACCAACCUGAUUCAAGGCUACAUCAAACAUAUGCAAUUGGGCAAAGCCAUGGAGACAUUUCAGAGCCUAUUGCGAAAUGGAGUACAGCCUGAUAGAGCCACGUUCAAUUUCAUGAUUGUUGGAUUCUUGAAUCAUGAUCGAUUGGAGGACGCUUUUGCUUGUUUGAACCAUAUGCUCAACAUGAAGCUGAAUCCCACCAAAGAUACCUGGAGUCUGAUACUGGAUGAAUGCUGUCAUAAAAAAAAUUGGACCAUUGGAAAGCAGGUGAUUGAUAGACUUGAUUCAAGCGGGUUUACCGUGAAAAAUGAAUCUCUGAAACGUUCUUAUACCAUAGUAAAAAAUCAUUGUAAAUAA